AUGAGUAAAUAUAAACCAAUUCCCAAGCUCUCCACUCAGUCUCCUGUCCAUCAUGCCAGCGUGAGGACCCAGCCUUCGGGCAGACCCUUGAAGGAAGAAGACUUAAAUCGGAUUUCAAAAGACUCCUUAGAAUCAGAUUCAGAGAGCCUUCCUCAAGAGAUUAAGUCCCAGUCUGAAGCUGAGGACCAAAUCCAGGACAAAAAUAUGGAGCCUGACAGCUUAGAGGAGGGAAGCCUGAGUGAGACGGAAGAGGAAGUGAACAGAAAAGUGGCCCACGGGGCCAGCAAGGACGACCUGGGAGCACGUGGUGGUGUAAACCUCAGCCAGCGUCAUGUAGAAGACAAAUAUUCAGACCUCCGAUAUGAUCCCAAUUGGAAGGAUAAGAGAGAGGGGGUGCAGCCAUUGGCUAUGGAAGCCUUGCCAAGGUCUGCCGACAGCUCUUCAGAAAGCCUGCCUCUGGCUCCGCUCUACCCUUCCAGGGAGCCAUCAAUGGGACUCUCCGCAGGGAACAGCAAAGGGAAGAGGAGUCCUCAGAGCGAAGCCUCCUUACUUGGAAGCGAGUUCCUAAGCCCAAAAUAUGAGUGUGACACCCGUCAAAAUGAGUCCCUUUCGGAACCAAGUGACAGUGACCAGGAGGAGAAGUCCAGCAACCUCUCCCAGUACCUGAAGAGCUCAGGUUCACACAAUGAAGUUUUCCUGCCGGGAUCAAGGGGACCCCGGAGAAGGAAGUCCAAACAAUAUUUUGUGGAAAAAAACAAGCUGACUUUGGGAUUACCGACUCCUAAAACAGACUCUUACCUUCAACUUCAUAAUAAAAGAAGAGGAGAGACCCGCCUCGAACAGAUCGCCCACCCCAUCAGAGGCACCAGCAAGAUGACUGUCCAGAGCGACAAAGGAGUCGAAGACACUUCUGUGGAUCCCGAGGACAAAUGGCAUCAGAGAGCAAAACAGCUCAAGAGUUACCAAGAACACUUGUCUCAAUAUGAAGAUACAAAAUCAGGCAGUGUCCCAAGAGGUCAGUCUUCCGAUACAGCCAAUGGGCAGCAACCUUCCAAGAGAACAGGCAAGGCCAGGGUUCGGAAACAGAAGAAACGCCAGAAUGGCCUGAAGUCUCUUGGGACCAAAGAGCUCGUUGUCAGUCAGAAACAUCAGAAUUAUCCUCUCCAACAACCACAAAACGAAAGGCAGCCUAUGGAUGCCUCAGCAAAGCAUGGGCUGGCCACAUAUAUGAAUUCUUCGAACACAGAUUUGCAGGACUCCCGAACACUCGCCCACAACCCCAAAGUCACCUCCAACACAUUUGUUCCACCCAAGCAGGCUUUUGACAGAGUGUUGUAUAAAAACUCUGUCUCCGGGCUGAACGCUAAUAAAAAAAGAGGACACAGACAUGAAGACGAGAAAAGAUCUUUGUAUGAGCAGCAACCCCUCUACAUGCUUUCUGAUAUGGAUCUGCAAGACUUUAAUGAACCUUCUCACAAACACGUGUCUCUGAGCCAGAAAGGCCCUCAGUCUGAUUAUGACAUGAACACACACAGGUCAACGAAGAUCAAGAAGCCAUCCAAACAGCCGCAGGUAGAGACAAAGUACAAGAACAUAGAGAUGCUAUGGAAAUUCCACUCUUCCUCAGACACGGACCGCGUCAGCGCCUCUCCAGACUCCCGGCUUGCUCAGAUCAUGGAACAGCAUCAGCAAGCCUUGGUGCAGCUGGCAGAAGUGCAGCCCAGCGAGGGCUCCUUGUCCAGCACCACACUCCCGCCUAUCCUGUCCAGGGUAGAAAGUGAAUCCCAACUCAGUUCAGACAGAAGCAACCGACAGCAGAUGAAGAUGGCACGUAGUAAUUCGGAAGGCUACCUGCUGCAGCUGGAAAGGGGGAAGAAACACAGGAAGCGCAGCGGCACCAAGAGUUCCAAGCUGAAAGGCUAUCAGAAAAGAGACGUGAAGCUCGGAGGCCUGGGACCUGACUUCGAGGCCGUCAGGGACAAAAUGCAAAAAUUAAUGCAGCAGAAAGCAUAUGCAAAGCAAGUCCAGGAAUACAACAUGAAGACCCUGUCCGUUCUGUCCAAACCACAGACAGCAAAACCUGAAAGUAAAUCAGCGAUUUCUCGGCAGAAGGCUUUGGAAUACGCUAAAACCAUCCCCAAACCCAAACCACCAAGUCUGACAGAUCAAGCACUGAAGAAAACUAAGAAGGCACAGAACGGUGAAAACGGAGGCUUACCAGAAAUCUCCCUGCUGGAGAUCCUGCAGAGCAGGCACGAGCGAGAGAAGCAGGCCGUGGCUGCUUUUAAAGUCCUUCACAUUGUCUAG